UUAUAAUCAAAAUCCCUUCGAACAUCUAAAAAAAAAACAAACAUAUUAUACGCAAUAACAUCAACAAAAAGUAUAUACACGCACAUGGGGAGGCAGCCAUGCUGCGACAAGCUGGUGGUGAAGAAGGGGCCAUGGACGGCGGAGGAAGACAAGAAGCUCAUAAGCUUCAUACUCACCAACGGCCAUUGUUGCUGGCGUGCUUUGCCGAAGCUGGCCGGUCUCCGCCGCUGUGGGAAAAGCUGCCGCCUCCGGUGGACCAACUACCUCCGGCCUGACUUGAAAAGAGGCCUUCUCUCUCACGAUGAGGAACAACUUGUCAUCGAUCUUCAUGCUCGUCUCGGCAACAAGUGGUCUAAGAUAGCUUCAAGAUUACCCGGAAGAACAGAUAACGAAAUAAAAAACCAUUGGAAUACUCACAUCAAGAAAAAACUUGUUAAUAUGGGAAUUGACCCUGUGACACAUCACCCUCUAAACCAAGAACCUAAUAAUACCGAAAAUCCCAAAAACAUUUCCUCGACUUCAGAUAAUACCUCAAAGGAGCCAAGGAGCAGCACCACCACCAAAGAGACAAAUGGCACGACUACAGAAGAUGAAAGCAGCAGCACGGUUACUGGUCAAAACAGUUCCACGGAUAAUAACAUACUUAGCAACAUUUAUAAUGAUGAAGAACUGUUUAGUUACUUAUGGUCCGAGGAAACUACUAACGCUGAGGCUUCUUGGAGUGAUAGUAACUAUGGCCUUAGUGGAACAUCAUAUCAUAAUGACAACAAUAUUUCAGGCGCCGGAUCAGAUUUUCCGAUAUGGUCACCGGAAGGAAUCAACGGCAAGGAGUGGACGUUUCUGGAUUAUUGCCAAGACUUUGGUGUACAUGAUUUUGGGUUUUGACUCUCACCAGGACAUAUUGGAAACUCAACGGAGAUGAAUCACAAUCAGAAGCAUUAGCUAGUGUCAUGUUUUAUGCAAACGUGGCAGGUAUAUGUGCAUAUACGCAUACAAUUAUAAAUAUAUUAGUAGUAGCGAAUAAAUGCAUAUAAAGCAGCAAGGGAGCACCGUGACUUCCAAGUACUAUUCAUUAGUGUAUGGUGUACAUCAAAGUUCCUCAAAGUCAGGAAAAAAGAUAAGUUUAAGUCUGUUUAGGUUUGUAUAGUAAUUAUUUACAUGUCCAACUUUAGGUUAGAAUAAACUGUAGGGAGCUUGAGACACACCAUAUUCCCUUUUGUAUGUGUGUAUUUUUUUUUUUUUUUUUAUGCAUGAAUAAUCUUAAGAAAAAUAUGAGUAUACAAAUUAAUAAAAGUUAACAUUGUAUCAUUUUGCGUGCUUUGUUAAUAAAACUACUUCAAAC